AUGCCUUCACCACCUCCGCAGCCGGUACCGGCACCCAAACAACGUUCAUCCAAUCCUCACGGUGGUAAUCUCGGUGGACCUUCAUCCGUCAGGAUGGACGCAUCUCCAAUCUCAUAUGGUGGUAUGGCAGGGAUCAAUUUCACAGAUGGUGGUGGAUUCUCAUUCGAGAAUAAACCGAGAAGUGUCAAGUGGGGUAAUGGAUUGAGUGGAUCAGGUCCAAUGGGAAGUUACGGUGCUAGGUUUUAUGGUGAUGCAGGUGGUGAUUCACCUACGAUACCAUUUUCAACAUCAAUAACGAUGGAUCCAUCAUCAUUCGCCGCUUCAGCACAUGCGUUCAACCUACCUUCAGGAUCAAUGUCUUCAUCAUAUCAGAGAAGAUCAUAUGCAGCAGUCGCAAGUUCAAUGUCUCGUAAUGGCGGUGAAGGCGGUUUUGGUUAUGGAACUCUAUCAAAUUCAUUUGCAUCAAUGUUAUCAUUUCAACAUCAACCAAUGUCUCUCGGUACAUCCUAUUCGAAAUCACAGGUACAUAACAUGAUGAACAAGCCUCGAUCAGAUGCUGAGUUGACGAAAGCUUAUGAAUGUUGUGGUAAAACCCAUGCUGGUUUACAUGACCUGUUAGAACAUGUUGAAGAUUGUCAUCCAUUUUCAGAUCCAAAUAUACCUCCAACAUCAUCUUCAAUACCGAAUACAUCUUCAACGUCUAGUAAUAAUAACAGUAAUCCAGGUGGUUUCUCGCCUGUCACAAAUGCAAUGGAUUUGGAAAUGGAUGAUAUAGAAGAGGAACUAUCAAAUGGCCAAAACAGAACUGCAACUACAUCGGCAAGAUCAAGUAUAUCACCACAUUUGACUAAUCCAGUCCCUGUUCCAUCAUAUCCUUUACCAACUUCAGGAAGUAAAGCGACGACUCCAACUGAACAAGCAUCAGUCGGUAAAUCACCUUUGAAACUAUCGGAUGUACUGCAAUCAUUACCAGAGACAGAACCUACCUUAGCCGCUAAUAUAAAUUCAAAUACAAUGCCAAACUCGAAUGGAAAUACAAACAAAGCAUCUAAUCUCACUCUGACGAGAACAGGUUCAGCAGGAUCAUCACCACCCGAAGGAAAUUUAGCUACUCCAAGUACAUCAACUCAGCCAUCACCCGUAUUCCCACAACCUAAAAUCAAUCCUGCCAGGCCAAGUUUCCUAGGUUCAACAGGAGGCGGAAUCCGACCUGCCGCUCAACAAAAGAGAUUUGAUCGAGCAUUCAACGAAGUGGUUGCUGGUCCGAAGACAACGACUGCAACCAAUACAGAAGACGCUAAAUCAACAGUACCGACUGCUGUUGCUCCUGGGGUAUUGUUCGCUUCUGCUGUAUCAAGUUUAGGUAUUCCAACUAUACCACCUUCUCAGCAGAAACCGGGCUCAACCUUGCCUACCGGUACAGGUACUGGUCCUAGUGUAAGUGGGACUACAACGCCACAAGAAGAAUUAGCAGAGGAAGGCUCAAUCCUGUCCUCUGGUCAUACAACACCAAAUAAAGGUCUGAAUGGAUUAUUGUCUGAACCAACUUUACCACAACCUUCCUUGUUCUCAAGUCACAAGCCUUGGAGAUGUCCUAAUCCAGGUUGUAACAAAGCUUAUAAACAAAGCAAUGGUUUGAAAUAUCAUCAACAAAAGGGUCAAUGCGACUUUGCUAUACAUGAUGCUGUUGAUCUUGGCUUAUCUUUGGAAGAAGCGGAGGAAAGGAACAGACCAUUUGUAUGUGCCGUCGGCGCAGGAUGCAACAAGAGGUAUAGACAAAUGAACGGUUUGAAGUACCAUUAUCUCAAUUCAGGUGAACAUGGUCAAUACGGUUUAAGAAUGUUGCAGAACGGAACACAUCCACAUCCACCCUCUAUGCCACCCCCAUCACCUUCGACCACUACACCUGCCAUAACCAAACCAUCACCCCUUCGACCUACGAAUACCAUGACUUCUUCUCGACCUGUGGGAGGAGCCGGAGCACCUUAUUCUAUUCCUUCGCAUGCGAACGCGAACCCAACAAACCAUUCCGGGAUCCGAACUGCAGGUCAUGGUUUACCAAGAAUGGGUACAUGGCCAUCUCAAAGAACAGUCAAUGGAAAUGGUAACACUAAGAUAAAUCAAGGUAUACCAGUCAAAUCUAUACCGCAACCUCAACCUCAACCCGUAACGAAAGGUAGAGAUGCAGUCCUCUUCGCUGCUAUAGGUGAAGAUCCAAUGGACGUCAUCGGUAGAAUGGAUCAGUAA